CACCUGUCAGCGGCGUCCAAUGGGCGUCGUCUCCGAGGGCAUUAAUUGAUGAAGGUGUCUCCAGACCGGCGCACCUCCCCUCUCUGUCAUUUUAUUUGUGGCUCAACCAGCAGCCAGAAUAGCAGCUGCAUUUUAGCUCUUAUUCUGUUUCUCUCUGUCUCGGACUCUCUCUCUCUUUCUCCCUCCCCUCCACCCUCACAACUCCCUCUCCCUCCCUGUCUCUCUCUCUCUCUUCUCGCUAUUUUAUCCCUCUGGCUGAGGCAGUGGUGUACACCUACCCCUCGUCCUGCUGCCGUCCAGAGGGGAGUGGAGCCGGCAGAGGCAGGUAGCAGCAGCCCCGGCUUGGUGGACGCAUCCAUCGCAUUCCUCCACCAUGCCGGACCGGGGCAAGAGGCGACGAGUGGAUGCUGUCAGCUCAUUCAAUCUAUUAGACACCGGCAGCUCCAUUUAACUCCGCAUGUCAAAGUUUGCAUUUUCAUGACGCAGCAGCAGUGUGGAUGGAUUAAAGGUAUGAGCAGGAUGCCUUGAGCUCGGGACCCCACGCCAUUUACUGGUAGAUCCAUAAAAUACAGAGAGUGACUGCAUGGAUUAAUACAUUGGAGCGGAUACAUAAAACAUGGGAGACUUGGAGUAUGGCUUUGAGGAAAUGCAAGGAGUGAGACUGGGAUACCUGCUCAUCAAAGGCAAGCAAAUGUUUGCUUUGUCUCAGGUCUUCACCGACCUGCUGCAGAACAUCCCACGGACCACGGUGCACAAGCGCAUGGACCACUUGAAGGUGAAGAAGCACCACUGCGACCUGGAAGAGCUGCGGAAGCUCAAAGCAAUAAACUCUAUAGCUUUCCAUGCCGCUAAAUGCACUCUCAUAUCGCGGGAGGACGUGGAGGCUCUGUAUUUCUCCUGCAAGACGGAGCGGGUCUUGAAGUCCAACAAAAGGAAAGCGAAAGCGGUGUCUUCCCCCGGGGAUGAGGAUGCGUCCCCGGGGCUCCUCCGUGCGAACGCCGAGCUGUGGAAAGAAAAAGUUUGGUUUAGUUUGCACGGUGUCCCGGAGACUCUGACGCUUCACAACAAAACAGACAGGAGGAGAGAGCUGACUCCUUGCCUUACCGACUCCAAACUACCUCAAUUUUACCACAAAACCCAUGGACGGGAACACCUUUCGGUGACAAAGUCCAGUCACAAACACUUUAAAAACUAUGAAACAGCAAAAAUAACAGGGAACCGGGUCACUUUGAGCCAAAGGCACUCGUUUUUCAGGAGCGCGGUGAGCCGGCAGCCGGUAGUGCUUCAGUCCGCCAUAGCUGCUCAGUCCAGGCUCUCGCGCUCAGCCGGCGACCUACUUCACAAAAGGAAGAGGAGGCGCGAGGGGGGCGGCGGCAAGGACAGCGCGAGGCGCUCCUGGAGCAGGAGCAGACACACACACCAAGUACCACCGGUGCUGCUCGUACAACCCAAAUCAACCGGCGAUCACAGGACUUCUUUUGGUGCUUUCCACCUCGGUCCGGAUUUCUAUCUUGACCCCAGACCUCACCAUCAUCACCACCACCAGCAUCACCAUCAUCAUCAUCACCACCACCACGAGCCGACUUUCCCGGAGAGUUACAGCAGCGACACAGAGUCCAGCACCUACUCAGACCGGGCGUACCCGGACUCGGACUUCGGGUCCGGCUUCUCCACCACCAGCAACUCUGGGAGCUCAGAUGAGGAAGAGGAGGGCGAGGAGGAGGAAGAUGACACCCAGUCAGAGAGUUCAGAGGUCAGUUCGGACGAGGAGGAGAGCUCCUCUCAGUCGGACUCGAGCUCUGUUUCUAGCCGUGUUUCUGUCCAGAGCAUCCGGUUCAGACGGGCCCGGGUCGGUUCUACUGCCAAAAGUCUCAACACUAGUAAAGCACCUUUGGUCCUGCAGCCCACGUUUCACUACAACAACCAGCAGCAACAAGAGAAACAACACAGGACAGGGGGCCAUGUUGCCGCUACACAGACAGGCGACAGUAGACACGAGAACCGUCAGAAAUGUGAAUUUACAUGCAGUGAAACCAGAAAGGACUUGGGACCCUUACAGCCACCAAAAUUUAACUCUGUUGGGGAGGGUUUUUUCACGGAGUCCAAAAGGGAAAAGGCGUUUGAGGCUGAUCCAAACAGGGCUGACCCUGUCGACGAGCUGGUCCCUUACCGGAAUAAGGCCUUACCCUCACGCAAGACACCGGGGCAUCCCAUAAAGAGCCCCCCGGGACUGAGCGCACAGUGUGACCACGACAAGGACGCCAAGCUUCCCAAAUGCACAGACAAAAGGGAGGCGAAAGCCACCAGCCUAAAACUGCCCACUCCACUGAGAAAAAUAAAGACCGAGGCAGAGGAGCACUCUGUGACCGCCGACCCCCACUCGGACAACGGCAGGACAGCCAGGACGCCACCCUUCAACCUACACAAUGUGAAAGUUAAAGUGGAGGAAAGCUGUGAUGAAUAUGAAUACCAGAGCCAGGCCACUGUAGUCAAAUGUAAAGGAGAUAAGGCAGAGAGCAGCAAUGGCCAGUAUACCAGCGGAGCCAUAAAGCAGGGGGACUUUUUGAGCAGCGGGAUUAAAGCCACAGAGAAGAGCCAUGAUGUGUCCCGCUGCAAUCCUCAGGAAUGCUGGUGCUCCCAGGACACCCCGUGUGUCGAGGAGGGGGAGCCCGGCAACAAAAACUGCAGGGCUCCAGUGCUGGGGAACAAGAAAUCCCGAGUCUCCAGGACGCAAACAAAACAAAACGUGCCCAGGGUCAACAAGGCUGCCUCUUCGUCUUCCUCCUCUUCAGCGUCUCGUCUCGCGGGCUGCGAGGAGCUAUCCACGGAGGAUUUACCGAGCAGACGCAAACGCAGCAACGCGAGCACCGUAGCAUCGCCCGCAAAAAUGCCUUUCAGCCUGAUGGCAAAUUUCCCAUCCCCGCCGUCGCUGGUUGUUGGCAGCGACGGGGAUUUGUGCCCUGCUUACUCCCUGAACUCGCUGAGGGGCCCCGGGCCUCCCCCUCCGUCCCACCCCGUGUGGAGGUGGCAGACAGGCGGCCAGAUUCUCCCUCCCCCACACGCUCAGAGAACUAGGAAAUACUGAGCUGUUUUUUAAAGCAAAAGAAAAAAAACAGAAAAUGAAAACAAAAGCCCUUGCGGUGUCUAUCUCCAACCUAAUGGUAGCCGGAGUCUUAACUCCAGCUCACCAAAUUGCUCACAACUUUAUCGGUGUUUAUUUUUAUUUUUUUUACUUCCCCCCCUUUUCUGUGAGUGGGUUUACAUUCCGCUUUGUUUUGAAGUUUGAUCGAGGAAAACCCACAAGAUCCCCCUUUUUGGAGCCCCAGAAAACGCCCACAGGACUGUGAGACACCGCUCGUGGAUUUAUGCUUAAAAACAAAAAAAUUGUGUUUAAAAUAAGCUAUCAAUCCUAAGCAAUAUGUUUGGCUCUCAUUGUUGUGUUUACUUUACUUUUUUCCUGAUUAUUUCUUCUGCGCUUUCCUAUGCUCGACCUGUUGGAUUGUAUGGUGCCAGGGUUUCAGUGGUUUGUGCUUUGUCUGAAAGAGAAAAGGGUUUAAAAAAAAAAAGAAAAAAAUUCUCUUCAGCAUCUUUGAGAUCUAGCUUUCACUGAGAGCAGGUUUGACGUGGUAAAUCAAGAAAAAAAAAACAGGGUUUCCCCAUUCUGUGCCACUUGAUAUAUUUUAUACAUCAAAUCUGUCUUUUCUUUCAUGACUGUCAUGUGCCCAAGAGUUCAAUUUCAGAGAAUGAUUUAAAAUUGGUUUAUUAAUGUCUAUCUAUACAUGCUCACAGUUAAGCCUUUAUUAGAUUUGACGGAAAUAUAUUCCUGGUGGUUAUGGGGGUGUUGUUUUCCUUCACAGAGUCCUUGUGAUCUGGUUUUCAGUCUUGUUUUUUUAUUUCCUGGUUUGCAUAUGCGUGACUGUGCACAGACGCAGGCCCAGACACAACACAGGCCUUAUGUUCAGACAAUCAAAUAGAAUAAGGCUCAGACCUUCGUAGCACGCUCGGUCCCACGAUAGACUUCACUCAUGUCAUGUUCCACUUGGACACCGAUUUCUGUAUUUUGCGUUUAUAGCACGAAUAUCAGGUCAGCACAGCUCUAAAACGCAGAGAUAAUGGCAUGGCUAUGUCCAAGAUAGGUUAGGCUAUGGGUGGGAUCUGAUUCAGGUUGUCAAAGUGGGGGAAAACCGCACCAAAAAAUAAAUAACAACAGCGUGAAAAACCUUAUAGCUCUGGCUACUCAGAAACAAUGCGACAAAGCACAGGAGAUAGGCUUACAUGCAUUGCACUUUGAAACUGUUGGGGUUCCUGUUUUAGCUUUAGGGUUUUCUGACUGACCUGUGAAAAGAUGUCUGAGAGAUGCUAGAAGAAAAAAAACAGCUAAAGCUAACAGCUAAAGAUGAGACUGUUGAAUAUGGAUAUAGACACAAAGGCCAAACUCAUUUGACUGCUAUUUGAAUAUUUAGGAUUCACCCACAUGCCAGUUGCUAUAACCAUGCCAUGAUGAUUUUCUGAUUUCCUAUAAUUUAAUAAUAUGCUAAUUUACGUUAUGCCUUUGUUGUUCAUUUUUGAUUUUUUUAGUUGAAGUCAAUUGUCUCGAUUUAAG